CUUUCUGCCUUUUUAUUUUUUCGUGCAAUAUCUCACUUCCGGCGGACUAAAGAAAUAGAGGACAGGUUGGUUAUCGGAUAGUUUUUCUUUCCUGCAAGUUUAUGCUCGUUAGGCUCAUUUUUCGCAGCAUGUCGUCCGCUCUAUCCCGUCAUGUUGUCUGGCAGUCAGAGGGGCUGGUGGCCUACCUGAACCCCCAGCCCUGGACCCCGGGCUCCGUCAUCCUGGAGAGCAGCGCCCCAGGCGGUCCAGGAGGGAGCAUCUUCCACCUCAGCGAGUCGGAGUAUUUAACCUGGCUGCUGGGGGCGAGGACCGUAGCUGAGCUGCUGUGUGACAAGCUGGGGGUUCGGAGGUGUGCUCUGGUUAGCAGACCCCACAGAGACCGACCUCCUCAGAUCCGUGUCCUGCCACUUCAUGGUCUGGAUGCAGAGUGGCGCCCCCACCUGGCCGGAGAAGAGGAGCACAACGCUCAUGACCCGGGCUACUGCACCUCCAAGACGGCGCCUCGAUGGAGCGAUGCCAGCCUGACGGCUGUUCGGGACAAAAUCAGGGCGAAGCUGCCGCUCCCCAGCGCCCCGCCUGAUCACACGUUCCUCGGGGACGAUCCGGCUCACGCCGGCCUCUUCUCGCGCAUCGUUCGUGGGGAGGAGCAGCAGUGGCGCGUGUGGGAGGAUGAGCGUCACGUGGCCUUUCUCACGCCGUUCCCCAACUCCCCCGGCUUCACCGUGCUGGUUCCUCGGCGACCUUUGACCUCUGACAUAUUCAGACUACAGAAGGGAGAUUAUGAAGCUCUAGUGUUGGCUACCAGGAAGGUGUCGCUGCUCCUGGAGGAGGGACUCGGCGCCUGGGGGGUGGGGCUUAUUUUUGAAGGCUUUGAAAUCGACUACGCUCACACCAAGUUGAUCCCGCUGCUUCCACCUUUAUUGUCGAGGGCAGAAAAUUAUGCCGUCAAAGCUCUGACCCCCCAGUUCCACCCCACUUACCCUGGUUUUGUCACUUCAGAGGACGGACCUGAGGCCAACUCAGACAGUUUGAAGGAGAUGCUCGUUAAAAUUACCGGAGCUUGACGUUGCUACGUGGAGUUUCGUUCAAACUGAAUCUUUGUUCACUUGGUAAUUAAUCAGCCUGCACAGCUUUGACAAAUCACAACAAGAUAUUAAGGAUAUUAAUGAUAUUAAAAUCAAACAAGUAAUCUGUUUAAAAUC